CGGAAACUCUAGUCGUGCACAUCCGUUUCCAACCCUCUGACGGAAAGGCAUUGCGUUGACAUUUCACAGUGGAACAACAAGCGAAACAACAUGCCCGGUGCCGAUAAAAAUACGGACCUUUCGGAGAGAAUAGAGGCUUUUUUAGCCGACCUGAAGCGUGGAGGCACCGGGGCUGGACCGCUGCGUGGCUCGGCUGAAACUGCCAGAGAAACGACUGCCUUGCUCCGCAGAAUAACAGCCCAGGCACGAUGGAGCAGUGCAGGCGAUCUGAUGGAGAUCAUCCGGAAAGAGGGGAGGAGGAUGACGGCAGCCCAGCCGUCCGAGACCACGGUCGGUAACAUGGUCCGCAGGGUGCUGAAGAUCAUCAGGGAGGAGUAUGCUCGGUCAAGGGGAAGCAGCGAGGAGACGGAUCAGCAGGAGUCUCUCCAUAAGCUGCUGACCUCAGGAGGUCUCAGCGAGGAGAACUUCAGACAGCACUUUCCUACUCUCAAAGCCAACGUGAUCGAGGCCAUCAACGAGUUACUCACUGAGCUUGAGGGCACGACGUACAACAUCGCCAUGCAGGCCCUGGAGCACAUCCACUCCAACGAGGUCAUCAUGACCAUCGGCCGCUCGCGCACCGUGGAGGACUUCCUCAAGGACGCAGCACGCAAGCGCAAGUUCCACGUUAUCGUGGCCGAGUGCGCCCCCUUCUGCCAGGGACACAAAAUGGCGACCAGCCUCUCGCAGGCAGAGAUCGAGACGACAGUUAUUCCAGACGCUGCUAUAUUCGCCGUGAUGUCUCGUGUCAAUAAGGUCAUCAUCGGCACGCAGACGGUGCUCGCCAACGGAGGACUGCGGGCCGUCAACGGCACGCACACGUUGGCCCUCGCCGCCAAACACCACUCCACGCCUCUGAUAGUGUGCGCCCCCAUGUUCAAACUCUCGCCUCAGUUCCCAAACGGGGAUGACACGUUUCACAAGUUCGUAUCACCCCAUGAGGUCCUACCAUUCACAGAAGGGGAGAUCCUGUCCAAGGUCAACGUGUACUGCCCGGUGUUCGACUACGUUCCGCCGGAGCUCAUCACGCUCUUCAUCUCCAACAUCGGGGGCAACGCGCCGUCGUACAUCUACCGGCUGAUGAGCGAGCUGUAUCACCCCGAGGACCAUGAGCUGUAGCUGUAGCCAGGUCCAGAGGACAGACUAACCGAAAUAAAAACCUGCUGAACAAACCCUCUA